UGAAACCUUGCCCACAACGACAACAACCCGCCGACAACCCCCUCCCCCCAACCUCCAACCUUCAAGGGAGUAUCCUAGAGCCGCGCUCUUCCUUUCGCUGGAUAUCCUUUUUGAAAACGGUGAUUGAAGAGCAGGAUGUCCGCUACCGAGCCUGUGGUCGUCAUUGACGGCAAGGGACACCUUCUUGGUCGCCUGGCCAGCACUGUCGCUAAGCAGCUGCUGAACGGCCAGAAGAUCGUCGUCGUGAGAUGUGAGGCCCUCAACAUCUCGGGCGAGUUCUUCCGCGCCAAGCUGAAGUACCACGCCUACCUCCGCAAGAUGACUCGUUUCAACCCCACUCGCGGUGGUCCCUUCCACUUCCGUGCCCCCUCCCGCAUCCUCUACAAGGCUGUCCGCGGCAUGAUCCCCCACAAGACCGCCCGUGGCGCCGCCGCCAUGGAGCGCCUGAAGGUCUUCGAGGGUGUUCCCCCCCCGUAUGACAAGAAGAAGCGCGUCGUCGUUCCCCAGGCCCUCCGUGUCCUCCGCCUGCGCCCCGGCCGCAAGUACUGCACCGUCGGUCGUCUGUCCCACGAGGUCGGCUGGAAGUACCAGGAUGUUGUCGCCAGACUCGAGGAGCGGAGAAAGGUUAAGAGCAGUGCAUACUACGAGCGCAAGAAGGCCGCUCGUCGCCAACUCGUCCACGCCCAGAAGUCGGCGGGUGUUAACGAGCAGACUAAGAGCCAGCUCGCUCAGUAUGGAUACUAGAUACCUGGUUGCGCGGCUGGUUGCUUGUGUCUGCUGUGACGUGGGUUUUUAAAGGGUUUGGGAAUCGAACGGUUACUUUUUUUUUUCUUUGCCUUUCCUCUCUCUCUUUCGCAGGGGAAAUGGAAAGGGAAAGAAAGAAAGGAAGAAGGAAAGAAGAAGAAAAAAAAAAUUAUAAAAAAGUUUGAACGGGAAACA